CAAUAUAGAGAAAUAUAUAUUGAUAUACAAAAUAACAUACCUCGCUUAUUUUGAUUUUUUUUUCUAUAUUUUAUAUUAAUCUUUUACUGAAACUGCAAAGAUGUCAGGUCAUACCACAGAGAGCCUUUUAAAAGAAGCUGUCAUCCAGAUUGGUGCUGGAGGAACAGCAGGAUUCAUUGAGGUUUGCAUAAUGCAUCCAAUGGAUCUUGUUAAAACACGUUUUCAGCUCCAAGUGAAGACAGCAAAAUCAGAUCCAUUAUAUUAUACAGGAAUUCGUGAUUGUAUGAUUAAAAUGUAUAAGACUGAAGGUUUACCAGCAUUUUGGAAAGGCAUUUUACCUCCGAUAAUUGUAGAAACACCCAAACGUGCAGUUAAAGUAAUUUUUACUUUCGAGCAAUAUAAACAGUUUUUCUUAUUUGGAGCAAGUGCACCCACUCCGUUGACAUUCUCAUGCGCUGGUUUCUUCGCCGGUGUUACAGAAGCUAUAUUGGUUAAUCCUUUUGAAGUAGUCAAAGUAAAACUGCAAUCUAAUCGGAAGCAUGUCAAAGAAAGUCCGUCGACGUUUGCAGUGACUAAAGAAAUAGUCUCAAAGUAUGGCUUUGGAUUGAAUGGUCUAAACAAAGGACUCUCAGCCACUAUAAUGAGAAACGCAGUGUUCAAUUCAUUUUAUUUUGGUUUCUACCAUUCUGUUAAAGGAUAUAUACCAGCCAGAAAAGAACCUUGGUUGGAAUUUCUAACUAAAGUUGCUAUAGGAUUUGUGUCAGGUACUGUUGCUUCCUGCUUAAACAUACCAUUUGAUGUUGCUAAAAGUCGCAUUCAGGGGUCACAGGAUAGUACACUAUACAAAGGAACACUGAACACCAUGCAUAUUGUUUAUAAAAGAGAAGGAUUUAGAGCUUUGUAUAAAGGCUUGGUGCCAAAGGUGCUGAGAUUAGGUCCAGGUGGUGCCAUUAUGCUUGUGGUAUAUGAUUAUAUGCAUAUAUUUCUUACGAAAAAAUUCAAAGAUUAAUGAUAAUGUUGCAUUUUGAGAAACUGUGAAGAUAAGCUAUAAGGACAAUUCUCUAAGAUUAUUCUUUAAGAAAAUGCAUUUGAAUAUAUAUUUUUUAUGUAUAAAAAUUAAUUCAUAUAAUUUUAUAACAAUAUAUUUCUUUACAUGUUUUGAUUACUUUACAUGUGUCAAAUAGAUGUCCUAAUUUUA